UUGGGAUAUUGGGAUUGGGAAUGGUUAAAAAACUAUAGGCUCUCGUGGGUUUGUGCAUGGUGCAUGUGAAAAAUAUAAAAAUAAGUUGUAGGAUUCCAAUAAUAUCAAUGGCCUCAUCUGGAGACAAGCGUGAUAAAAAUCAAAGUGGAGAUCAGAAAGAGAAAAAGAGGAAAGAAUCUAUUUUAGAUCUAUCUAAAUAUCUGGAGAAACCAAUACGUGUAAAGUUUGCUGGUGGAAGAGAAGCUAGUGGUAUUCUCAAAGGUUAUGACCCUUUACUCAACUUGGUAUUAGAUAGUACAUCUGAGUAUUUACGAGACUCUGAUGACCCAUAUAAAUUGACUGAAGAUACAAGAGAACUUGGUUUGGUGGUUUGCAGGGGCACUAGUGUGGUCUUGAUUUGCCCUAUGGAUGGCACAUUAUGUCCUUCAAGUAUAACCACCCUUGUAUUUUGGAGCAGAGGAUGACUAAAGGAAAAAAUCAGAACCUAGUAGGAAUCUAGCAGGUAUAGGUACUCAGAUGAAACUUCUGAUGGAAAUUUGAGCACGAGUCCAAAUUAGCUACAACAUUCAACGAUAGCUGUGACGACGACUAUUAUUGUUCAUAUUGCAAUUGUGAGGAACCUAUUAUGGCCUCUGUGCCGCAGGCAGCCUUCGCAGCUAACAAAAUUCGCCAAAAUGAAGAAAAACUAAAAGCUCUACGUAAUGAUGUUCCAAUGAACUACAGCAGCAAAUAUAUGAAUAGCAUUUGGGGGCAAUAUAACCGAUAUUCAGUACACAAUUUGAAAAAAAUAAUGGAGGAAAAAUCUCUAUUCUUAUUCAAUAAGGGACAAACCAAGUAUGUAGGUACCCUUAAUUAAUAAAAUAGAGACAAAAAUACCUAUAUACUUUUGUACCCACAUAUGUGUUUUCCAUUAUUGAACUAUAAACAAACCAUCAUAUAUAACAAUAAUUGACAAUUGUUCAUGUUUUGCAGAACUAUUCUGAAAAAAAAUCAAUAAAACACACAAGAUGA